AUGGAAUCCAGUUCGAAGUCUGCAUCCAGUCGAACUCAAGAGUGCCUCGCAGAGCUAGAGGCUCGGUUCAAGAACACCGGGUCACCUGCAAAAGCGAUUCUUCUCGUUGGGAGGCUCGGGACGGGCAAGUCCUCCCUUUUGGAAGACGUUACCGGAUUAAGUGGCUAUUCUCAGCAGAGCGCCGACUCUGUCACGCAGAAUGUCGAAAUUGCCAAGGCGGUCAUCACAAACAAGGAGUACUUCAUCAUGGAUACUCCUGGAUUCAAUCCAGGGAACGAGGAAGAGACCUACCGCGAGAUCAUCCGUGGUAUCCAGGCCAUCCGCCCUUUUGCCCGCAUUGUUGGCCUGCUGUACCUCACGUGCGUUAACCAGCCCCGUUUCGACGGCUUCGACCGCAAACUGGCCCAGUUCAUCCGCGCCUUGUGCGGCGAUGAGUACAUUCACGCUGUGACUUUCACAACGACGUUCUGGACCGUCGCAGGAGAGGAACAGCUCGCAGAUUUUAAUCGUCAUUUCGAGUUCCUUCAGAGCAAGUGGAAGGAGGUGUUUGGUGCCCAGGGUCUGAACCUAUAUCAGCAUGGACAAGAGUACAAUGCCUCUGGACUGCCUACAGGCUCCGUCAUCAACUGGUUUCCCCGCCGCAACCGCGACCAGAUCGCACGACAUGCCAAAGAGAUGAUUGCUCGUAACUAUGAUGGCCCAACCACCGCCAGUCCAAGAAUUGUGGAAGAACUAGAUGCUAAUACGCCCAUCAACAUGACGGAGGCUGGAAGAAUACUUGAUCUGCACCCACCUCCCGCCGAGGAAUCGUCAUCUGCAUCAAACGGGCAACCGGGAAGAGAAUCAUCAGAGCAAUACAAUUCAGCUUCUAGUGGUGAUUCUGAUCCUCGAUCCAGUCGUGACAGGAGCCGACCGUCUGCAGAGGGAGUUAACGAUACACAACAGGAACGAGAAAGACCCCAACCCCCGGCGCCAACUUGGGGCCAAACACUUUUGGACGUGAUCGGCCGGCUCGCACGUAACGUUGAAAUCAAUGUCGAUCUCGGCGGCGGUCCAAUGCGAGGACAGAACUUCGCCAUGGGUAGUGCUCAUAGCGGCACACUAGAUCCGCUUUCUUCUGUCGACGUGAUGAGGUCUUUCGGUCUGGAUUAUAGCAGAGAAGGCAGAUUAAGAUAUGCUGCCCGCCAUGGUAUUGGGGGAGAACCUUUCUCUGCGGCCUGGGGGGACGCAAUUCGCAGAGAUGUUCGCCGCCGUUAUGGAUAA